AUGGCGUUUCUAGCGACGACACCUCUUCUCAUCGUCGUUGGCACUCUUGUGUUCUACACACUCAGCCGCUUCUUCUUGCGCAAGAACAACCAUGAUCUUCCGCUCCCACCGGGUCCCAGAGGCAUCCCUCUCAUUGGCAACAUCAAAGAGUUACCCAAACCUGGAAUUCUCGAGUGCCAUCAUUGGCUCAAGCACAAAGACCUCUACGGUCCCAUAAGCUCGGUCACGGUCCUAGGUCAGACCUUUGUCAUCGUCAACGAUGCGAAUAUAGCAGUAGAGCUGCUGAGCAACAGGGCGGCGAUCUAUUCAGGGAGGCCACAUAUGGUGUUCAGUGGAGACAUGAUUGGCUGGACCAAGACGUUGGCGAUGCAUCAACCCGAUCAGAACUUCAAACACCAUCGUCGCAAUAUUGCGAAAGUAGCCAGCUCCAGCACGUCUCUUGCCGUCUUUGAUCGCGUCCAGAACGAAGAAGCAGCACAUUUCCUCCUGAAUGUCAUGGAAUCUCCCACUGAUCUAUUCGAACAUAUCAGGAAAGAAGCAGGUGCUGUCAUAUUGAGAGUCACAUAUGGCUAUACGCCAAACGCGAAGGGACCAGAUCCGCUAGUAGAUAUAGCAGGGCAGGCAAUGGCAGAGUUUGCUGACGCGAGUGUGCCUGGAAGAUGGCCUGUAGACGUCAUGCCGUUCUUACGUUUCCUCCCAGACUGGUGUCCAGGUACCGGCUUCAAGCGUACAGCUCGGCAGAUGGCAAGAACCUUGAUACGCACGGCCGAAGAGCCCUACGCUUUCGUUAAGUCGCAGAUGCAGGAUGAGAAAGCGAAGACAUCCUUCCUCUCUCAAGCCAUCGAAUCUCUCGGCUCAGACGCAUCUAUGGAGUACAUCAACAAAUGGUCCGCCGCAUCCAUGUACCUGGGUGGCGCAGACACCACCGUCUCGUCGCUGAUGACGUUCUUCCUAGCCAUGGCCGUCUUCCCAGAAGUCCAGAAGAAAGCUCAAGAGGAGCUGGACCGUGUGAUUGGCGGAGAGCGAUUACCAAUCACCAGCGACAAAUCAAGCUUGCCGUAUAUUGAGGCCGUAGUGAAGGAGACGCAUCGAUGGCAUCCCGUGGGGCCUAUGUCGAUACCCCAUUCCUGCACGCAAGAGGAUAGCAUCAAUGGGUAUAGAAUACCGAAAGGGGCGAUGAUAUUGCCUAACAAUUGGUGGUUCACACACGACCCAGCCGUCUACCCCGAUCCUAUGACCUUCCGUCCCGAACGCUACAUCGCGACACCAACCCAUACCGCGGAGCCCGAUCCACGUACAUGGACAUUUGGCUACGGGCGUCGAGUUUGCCCUGGGCGCUAUGUCGCAGACAACGCUCUUUUUGCGACAAUCGCGCAGUCGCUGUCUGUCUUCAAUGUCGAGAAGCCUGUCGAGAAUGGGAAGCUAGUAGAGCCCAAGGUUGAGUUUGAGCCUGGCGUGAUAAGCCAUCCAAAGCCGUAUCGUGUGGACAUCGUACCGAGGAAUGAGAAAUGCAGAGAGUUGGUCAAGCAAGCGGAGGAGGUGUACCCAUGGGGCGAAAGUGAUGCUGAGACUUUGAAGAAUCUGAGCUAG